AACGAGGGAGAGAGGUAGAGCGAGCGGAAUUGGUAUUGGCUAAUGGAGUCCUCUCUUCUCCUUCUUCCGUCAUAUCACUUCGGUCUCAUGUCUGAUGCUAUUCAUAAAGCAGAGAAGUCAAAUAAUCAUCCUCAGCCUCUUCCUCUUCAUCCAUUUCAUCCCAAAAGAAGAUAAUCUUUAGGUAACUAUGGAUUCAAGACUGAACUUUUUACUACUUGUGCUGGUAAUCAGCUUUGUCUCUACAAAUGCCAGGAGUUUGGUCACCUUAGAUGACUUUGUUGUGCAGAUGGAUAACAAGGUACAGAAUGAAAGUAACAUUGGCAGGAAUGAACAAUUUUGCACACUGUGUGAAGAGUAUACUUCCCAGGUUAUAAACUAUCUUGGUGAAAAUGAGACUCAAGCACAUAUUAUUAGUACACUUCACAAAGCAUGUUCCCAAAUGCAUUUUCUCAAACAACAGUGUAUUUCAUUGGUUGAUCACUAUGCGCCAUUGUUUUUCUUGGAACUUUCCACAAUAACACCAGAGCAGUUAUGUGAAAAAGCGAAUCUGUGUGGGGAGACUGUGCUGGUGAAUCUGCCAAAGAGUUCUGAUUUCUGCACCCUUUGCCAUAAUAUUGUCAAGGAGAUUCUUACCAAACUAGAAGAUCCUGAUACUCAGCUCGAGGUGAUCAAGAUGCUAAUGAAGGGCUGCGAGGAAGUUGGGAGUUAUGUUCAACAGUGCAAGAAACUGGUAUUGCAAUAUGUCCCACCAAUCCUGAUCAAUGCCGAGAAAUUUCUUGAGACAACUGAUGUCUGCACUGCCAUCUAUGCAUGCAAGAACAGUGAAGAUCACAUCACAUCCACACUUGCUGAUAUGUGAACUAUGAAAGCAAAGAGGCCCGAGGGAAUUGGCUGCAAAUAAGCAUUGUAAUCACCGUAGUUGUGCAAUGAACUGUACCUUCAACAAACAUUGCAGAUCUAAGAAAAAAAAAUUGGAUAAUUAUACAACAGUGUAUCUUGAUCCAUGGCCAUCAGAUUGGGCGCUUGUAACACUUGAUUUCUCAUGUAUUCUGCUGCUCAACUUCUCUUUCUCUUUCUUCAUAGUAUGUAUAUGAUUAGAUAGUUAUCAUCAAUGAAAUUGUGUUUGCUCCA